CUAUGGCUUUUCCACUCCCGCUCUCACCAAAACGAUCCCUUCUUCCAUCUCUCUCGCUCCACUUAUUUUCUUACAUCAACAAAAACAAAGACAAAAACCCUAAUAAACACACUGACAACAAACUUAAGAGAGACAAAAGGAGUGAAAGACACAGCCUUUCUGCGGUAGCAGCCUCUAUUUUUUCGACAAGGAUUUCAAUACCUAUCUUGGGUUUCUGUUUUUCAAGAAACAGGAAAGUUUUUUUUCACAUUUUUUCUUAUGAUUUGUAGUGUUAAUUAAGCUCAAGUGAAGUUUGUUUUCAGCAUGGUUUACUUGCUCGUCUUGCAUGGUAGUUGAGAAAAUGGAACGAAAUAGAAUGAAAAGUUUGAGCCUUUAAGUUCUUUAAGUACUAAUUUUUUUUCACUUGAAUUGUUAAUUAAGCUUAAGCAAGGUGGUUUUAGCUUGGGAUUUAGUUCGGUUAGUCUUAGCUUAAUUUUAAUGAACUGGGUUUUGAAGCUUUUUGGUUUUGUUGCCGCUAAGGCAGAAAAUAUAUUAUUUUUAUCUGUGUACAUUUAGUUGUAGAAAGCUCAGUUUCUGCUGGGUUGUGUUUUGUUUUGUUUUCUGGGUUAUUGUUAAAUGAAGCACUUUAAGGCUUUUAGCUUCAAAACUCUUUUUAUUUAUUUUUAUAUUUUAUCUGAAAUAAAUUGAGUAAAUAUAGCAUUUUGGUAUUGGCAUGUUAAUUGUAUGAAAGUGGAAUUUUCUGGGUUGUGUAUUCUCUCACUUUUCUUUUGUUGAACUGCAAAAUUUUGCAGGGUUUUUGUGUUUGCAAUGAGUUCUUUAAUGAGUUCGAGUUGUUUAUUGGCGUUAAUGGGUAGUUCAGUUUGAGAUUUGAUGGUGUUUAGUUGAGAGUGAAUGGGGAGUGAAGAGGUUUUGGGGAGUUCAGCGGUUAUCAUGGAUCCUACUAUCAGCCCAUGCAAUGGUAGUAUGGUUCAGCUUAUGGAUGAUGGCGAGGAGAAUGAGAAUCUGGGUGUUGAUCUUCUUAAUGAUUUGGAUUUGUAUUUGGAGGAUAUUAAGGAUAGGUUGACCAUUUCAAGAGUGGUGAGUGAUUCAGUCAUUAAGGGUAUAGUGUCUGCAGUUGAACAAGAGGCAGCCCGGAAGAUUGCUGAGAAAGAAUUGGAGUUGACUAGACUGAAGAAAGGAUUACAUCUUUACAUUGUGGGUUCAGAUGAUGGAUCUGUGUGUUCGGGGAUGCGCCAAGAGCAAAGAAAUAGAAAAAAUGAACUUUACUCAGAUAAUUUUGUGGAGCAUGAUAGAUUACAAGAAUCUUUGAGAAACCUUAAAAUUGAUGUUACAGGGCAGCUUACAAAUCUCAAGAAAGAAAUUCAUAAGGUUAAAGGGUCCUAUUCUAUGGGGAGGAAUUCAUCUUCUGAAAUUGUGGGGUUGGGUGGUAUUCUUCUGGAAACGGUGCCUGAUAAAUGGAGUGAUGUGGACAAAAUGGUUGAUGGUCUAGGAACUACUCUGGACUCUUUCUGCGAACAUGCAGAAGAUAUGGUUCAUUUUCCCAAGUCAUUAUUCUUUGAGUGGCAGCAGGAGAGGGAGUUUCAAGCAGAAAUUGAAGGGCUGGUGAUCAAGAAUUCUCUCCAAGAAGAGCUUGAACAACAGAGAUUGUGUGAUCAAAAUACUCAGUUCUACAGUAACGGAAGUGCAAGUUGGCUUGAAAAGGUGAAAGAGCUUUCAAGUUUACGUCAGGAAUUGGAUGCUAUUGCCAAGUCACUUUCUGUACCUGAAAGUGGGCAGCUGAUUUCUCAUGGUUCCUUGGAGCACCGGAAGUCUUCAGGUCAUCAUUUUUCAAAUGGAAAUCAUGACGAGUCAAUAAUUACUAUGCCAGAAAAUUUGGAAGCUGCUGAGCUGCUAAAGGACAAGAACAAGGAAGAAUUGUUUCAUUAUCUCAAGACUGAGAUGACUAAAAUGAAGAGAGACCACGAGUCAAAAGUGCAAAAGAUAACUGAAGAGCUAUUCGCCUUAAAAGGGGCGUACUUGAAAGAAAGGGGAUCUACUUUGCCAGGGAGGAAGGAUAAGGAUCUUGACACACUGAGGAAAAAGAUCCCUGAAGUCAUUCUGAAAUUGGACAACAUUCUCAUUGAAAAUGAGAAAGUGCCUGCAAUGAGCGACAGUGCAGAGAGUCUUGACACUUUGAAGGACAGACUAGAAUCACUCCGAAUAGAAAACUGUGAACUACAGGGCUUGCUUGCACAAAAAGAAGAAGAAAUAAAGCUCCUUUCCUCACAAGUUUCUGAUGCUGCUGAGAAAACGUUGCAACAUUCUUGGACUGAGGUAAACUUGUUCAGAAUGAUCACAAAUCUUAAAAGCUCAAUAGAAGAUGCACAUAUUGAAGCUACAAUCAGUGAACAUCUAUAUAAAUUACUUCUCAAGGAAUUCAUGGGCCAGAUCAAAUGCUUCAGUAAAGAAUCAGACCUGGAGUACAAUAGUAUGGAGGGAAGUUCUGAAAACAUUUUCAGAGAGGCAGCUCAAAAUGUGAAACCUGCUAGCAAGUUGGAAAUUGAAGAUUCAGAUAUGGAGUCCAUUAUUAUGCAAGGGGUGUUGGAAAUUGGUCUUCAAGAGGCCUUCAAGGAAGCUGAGGAGAAACUUAGUAGCUUGAACCUGAAAUAUAUUGAUGAGAAUGAAGCUCGAUUGUCACUUGAAAGGGAAGCCAUGGAAAAAUUGGAGCAAGAGAUACACUUAAUAACAGCAACAAUUAAAGAAAAGGGCAAACUAGUGCAGGAAUCAGUAGAUGAAUUGGAAAAAGAGAAGGAGAAUUUUGAGUUGGUUUCUCAAGAGCUUGACAGUUUAAAGGCGCAGACAAAUCAGCAGGGUCUUUUAACAGAGAACUUGAGGGAAACUGCUGAAGAGAGAAGCAGGCUACUUGCUGCUUCUCAAGAGAAGCUAUCAUUGGUUGAAGCAAGAGAAAGGGAGCACAGGGAGGAGCUGGCUUCAACUAUUGUUCUUGUCAAUGGAUUGUCAAGAGCAGUCACUGAUUUUGAAAGCAGAGCCACAAAAGAAAUCGAAAGGAAAAGCUUGAGGUUGGAAAACCUGAAUUCACAAUUUGGUUCUCUUAUUCAGAAGGUUAGUAUACUUAAAAGAACAGGGUUUCUGUACAAGAAGAACUUGGAAAGUAGAUGUUCUGACCUUCAAAAGGCUGAAGCUGAGGUUGAUCUUUUAGGUGAUAAGGUGGAAAAUCUUCAACGUCUUCUUGAAAAGAUAUACAUAGCACUGGAUCAUUAUUCUCUGAUAUUGAAACAUUAUCCUGGAAUUACUGAGAUUCUAAAGCUAAUUAGAAGAGAAUUGAAUGGAGAAUCUAUGACUGCUUACACACAUGACCCUGCAAGCUCCUUGCAAAGCAAUGCCUUUGGUUCCAAUGCAAAGAAAUUUGAAGAUAAAAGAGUGUGAUGCCAAACAGUUGCAGCAAGAGGGGCCAGACACUUGAGGGAACUUUUUUUUUUGCGACAGUAUGGUCCCACAUCCCUGGUUCUGAACCGCCUGUCUCGGUGAACCACAAGAUGGUUCUGUGAUAGACAGUUUUUUGUUCUCACUCCCCUGCCCGCAUAGAUUAUAGUAUUUUUGUAAUCAAAGAAUAAGGCUCCUUUUGUCUCUAGAAGUCCUCUUAUAGCUCUUUUAUAUUUGGCUGUUUUUUAUGUAUUGAAUUUAUUCCAUGUUUCAUACCAUAGGCUUACAUGUUAAUGUAUAGUUAUUUCUGCA